GUAUACUCCAUUUUUCUAUCUUCAGUAUUUAACCCUCUUCAGUCUUCACUAUGACUACUACAACUUCUCUCUCUACAAGGUCUUCUCUCAUUCAUUCUACAUUUUCUCUCCCUUCUUUCUACUUGCCUUCACAUUCAUCAACUCCAAGAUCCAUUUGUUGGAAUCUAUCUAAGACUAAGAUUAGAUCUGAAUUGCUAAAAUCCAAAAGGAGUUUUCGAAUUACAGCCACUAAUAUGGCGAUUACUGAGGUUAAUGAAGGAAAUGAGGAAGAAGUUCCUCUUUUGGAUGAUGCGGAAACUUCUGCACCUCGACGAAUUGCUCUUUUUGUUGAGCCUUCUCCGUUUGCGUAUGUGUCUGGAUAUAAAAAUAGGUUUCAGAAUUUUAUUAAAUAUCUACGUGAAAUGGGCGAUGAGGUGAUGGUUGUAACAACACAUGAAGGUGUGCCGGAGGAGUUUUAUGGGGCAAAAUUAAUUGGCUCACGGAGUUUUCCCUGCCCAUGGUAUCAGAAAGUACCUCUCUCCUUGGCUCUUAGUCCAAGAAUAAUCUCAGAGGUUGCAGCAUUUAAACCUGAUAUCAUUCAUGCAUCAUCUCCUGGAAUCAUGGUAUUUGGUGCACUUGCUAUUGCAAAAAUGCUGAGCGUUCCAUUAGUGAUGUCAUAUCAUACUCAUGUCCCUGUAUAUAUUCCAAGGUAUACUUUUAGUUGGCUAGUGAAACCAAUGUGGCUCAUCAUAAAGUUUCUUCACCGAGCUGCUGACCUCACUCUGGUACCUUCAGCUGCAAUUGCAAGGGAUCUCUUGGCAGCAAAAGUAACAGCAGAAAAUAGGAUUCGUCUUUGGAAUAAAGGAGUGGAUUCUGAAAGCUUCCACCCUCGCUUCCGCUCUUCUGAGAUGAGAUGGAAGCUUAGUAACGGAGAACCUGACAAACCACUCAUUGUGCACGUGGGUCGCUUAGGUGUUGAGAAGAGUUUGGAUUUCCUUAAAAGGGUAAUGAAUGCAUUGCCAGAAGCAAGGAUCGCUUUUAUUGGUGAUGGUCCUUAUAGGCCGGAGCUGGAGAGCAUGUUUACUGGUAUGCCUGCUGUAUUCACAGGGAUGUUGCUGGGCGAAGAGCUCUCUCAAGCAUAUGCCAGUGGUGAUGUUUUUGUGAUGCCCUCAGAAUCCGAGACUCUUGGCCUUGUUGUGUUGGAAGCCAUGUCAUCUGGGAUUCCCGUUGUGGGUGCUCGUGCUGGUGGAAUACCCGAUAUAAUACCCGAGGAUCAAGAGGGAAAAAUUGGUUUUCUGUUCAGUCCGGGGGAUCUGGACGACUGCCUCAGUAAAUUGAGGCCGCUAUUACAUGAUAAAGAAUUGCGAGAGAACAUGGGAAAAGCUGCCCGUGAAGAAAUGGAGAAGUAUGAUUGGAGGGCUGCCACUAGGACGAUUCGCAAUGAACAAUACAAUGCGGCAAUUUGGUUCUGGCGGAAGAAUAGGGCGCAACUGCUGAAACCUGUACAGUGGCUGGCAAAAAUUUUCGUUAAAUCUCCUGAAGUCGGCUACAGAUGAUGCUUAUAAUAACCAUUGGCAAUGGUCUUUGAAUCGAAAGUAUGAUUAAUGAUAGAUUGUAACUUGUAAGCUUGUUUAAGGGGUCUUUAAUUGAAGACCUCAUUGAGAUUUCUCAUUUCUGAUUGAAUAAUUUUAUUUUUUUGUAUAUUAUGUACCAUAAAUAAGAUCAUCACUAUGUUUUUCUGAAAUUAUUUAUCAGAA